AUCUCGUUUCCUCUCGAGCGCAAUGCACGGCCUGCGACGCACGUUAGCGUCGUGCCUUGUUUAACAUUCGUCCCCCGUCGCUUUCGACUCUCAACCCAAUUUGAAAUUUGGGGACAGCGGCGACGAGAUCGGAGUCCAAAUCCCUCCGCCUCGCCCUCCUCCCGACGAGAAGAAGCAGCUCCCGAGUUCCACCAUGGCGGGGACUCACUCCGAGUUCGAUAUCGGGGCAUCUGCAACGCCCCCAUUCGGGAUCCGGGAGUACGCCUUCGCGGAUGCUGGGAACCUGGAGCAUUGUUCCAAGUACCUCAAUCAGACGCUGGUGACGUUUGGAUUCCCGGCUUCCCUCGAUCUCUUUGCCACAGAUCCCGUCUCGAUCGCGAGGACCUGUAACUGUAUUUAUUCUCUGCUUCAACAGAGACAGCGGGACAUCGAGUUCAGGGAGGCCUCCAACGAUCAAAGGCAAAGAUUGCAAUCUGAUAUUUCGAGAUUUGAGGCAAAAGUUGAAAGGCUUGAGGCACAAUUAACUGCAAAAGAUCGAGAGUUAGCCACUUUGACAAGAACGGAGGCUAAAAACACAGCAAAUUUGAAAGCUCAGAUUGAAAAGUUGCAGCAGGAACGAGAUGAGUUCCAAAAGAUGGUCAUUGGAAAUCAGCAAGUGCGUACACAACAAAUACAUGAAAUGAAAAAGAAGGAAAAGGAAUACAUAAAGCUGCAGGAGAGACUAAACCAAGUGUUGAUGGAGAAAAAGAAGGAGUCUCGGUCAGGAAUGGAAAUUAUGAAUCUAUUGCAGAAAGAAGGGCGUCAGCGUGGGACAUGGAAUGGUAAGAAGGCUGACAGUGACUUCUAUAAGAUGAUAGUUGAUGCAUAUGAGGUGAAGAAGAAAGAGCUGAUGGCAGAGAAUUCUGAUCUGCGGGCUUUGUUACGUUCUAUGCAGAUGGAUAUGCGUGACUUUCUGAAUGCUCCAAAUGGUCUACCACAACAAACUUCCGCUGCAAAUGAAAAAGAGGAUGCAGGAUCUCCUCAAUCCCCAUUAGGCGGCAGAAUGGAUGUCUUUGAUCUACCUUUUCACAUGGCCAGAGAUCAGAUAGAAGAGAGUUUGCGGACUAAGAUGGCUUCAAUAAAGGCAAGGAUGUCACAGUUGCAGGAUGCACAAAAAGGAGCUGAGGUGACCUGUGAAGCAACUGAAAGGGAACUCGAGCUUGAAGCUCAACUUGUUGAAGCUAGAAGCAUUAUUCAAGAGCAGGCUUCAAUAAUGUCAAAGCAUUUUGCAAAAAAUGACAAGCCAAGGAGAUUGAGCAGCCAGUUUGAUGCUGAGAGGGAGGUGAUCCUUUCAAAAUCUGCCGAGGAGGUGUAAAUGCUCAAGAAACCAAGGUAAGCUGAUGGCGGUGAAAAGCUAAUCUUACCUUUACCUAGAUCUUCCAGUUAUCUCCAAGCAGCUGGGAUGGCCUAAAACAUUAAACAAAUAUUGUGUGGUAUCGAUACUCUGUGAUACCCUAAAUCUACAAAUCAUGAGGAUUCAAAAUACCCCACUGAAUCCACCAAUGUAGCUCAGUCUAUUGCUGCUUGGUAAGUCUAAAGCAGUCUUGUUUACUGUAGUGGCACUCGAUUUGAAGCUAUAAUUAAAUAUUUUGGCUCAUUUCUGUAUGCUUGGAAACUACAGAAGUACAGAACCAUUAUUUCAACUGUUUGGAAUUGUUCUCUCCACGAAAUUUGAUGAAAUGUUCGGAA